AUGGCAUGCAGGUAUGGGACCGAUAUUGCGUGGCUUAUUGCUAGCCUGGAAAUCAAUCCUCGCAUUCCUUCCUCCCUGUUUCAAUAUUUAGUCCUUGCUAAUACCUCGGAUGGGUAUGAUCAGAAGACCUUCACGUUCCUGCUAAACUCCCAAGACCAGUGGCUCAAGCAAUUAUGGUGGACUGGUUGGAUUUCUUGA